UGCUGCUCUGGAACGGUAUUGGAGGGGGACGUUCGACUUUGCACGUGCCUUUAGUUGUUGUGGUAAUACGUUCGCGCUCCAGCAGGAGAGCGGAAGUAGACGUUUCCCGCCAAGGCGAAAAGCCUGGGAGCUAGUCUGGAUUUCGUUUCGAAAUGGCCGAAAUGGUAGAGGGUCCUCGCGUUCGUGUAACUGCAAGUCAGUUGGCGCAGUACGUUGGAAAGCUAGUCUGUUUCGUGGGACGUCUUGAAAAGAUCCAUCCAUCUGGGAAAUUCUUCUUUCUAUCUGAUGGAGAAGGAAAAAAUGCAGUGAUUGAGCUGAAUACACCUCUUGAAGAAGAGAUCUCUGGUGUUAUUGAAGUAGUAGGAAGAGUUACAAAUCAAUUAAAUAUCAUGUGUUCAUCAUAUAUCCAAUUCAAGGAAGAUAAAAACAUGUUUGAUCUUUCACUGUACAAUGAGGCUCUAAAAAUUAUCCAUGAAUUUCCUGAAUACUACCCUUUCAGUACUGAUGUAUGACUGAUGCUCAUCUUGAUAGCAGGAGAUCAUUUUAUAAUGUUUAUUGAACAAAACCAUGAAGAACAUAAGUGAGAAACAACUUUUCUAAAACUGCAGUUAAAAUAAUCUGUUAUAUCGAUAUAUGGUACAUGAUUUUGGAUUUCAUAUUUGUUUUUCUAUCAAUGGAAUUCAAUGAUUAUAAUCUGAAUGGACAAUAACCUGUCUCUGAUGUAAAUACUUUGAGAGGAUCUUACAUGCAUGAAAAAUACUCAGAGGUUAAAAAAAGUUUCACUCAGCAGAUCAUACUUUUUACUGCAAUAAAGAUCAUAUGUUUUUUACUAGGCUCAGCCUGACCUGAGUGUGCCAGGCUUGGAAAG